GGCAGGCGCUCGACGGUCGCGAUUCGUGUUAUUUGAGUAUUCUAACGUUUUUCGAUUGUUUUCGCUGUGUUGUGUUGUGUUUUGGCGAGUAAUCGAAGGUCACACUGGAUCUUGAGCUACACCACCGUGCCAGCGGGCACUUAAUGAGUGCCGCUGGUGCAAUGUGCGACAGGGGAUACAGCGUGAGCCACUUUCCCAUGGCGCCUAUGUCCAUGAGCAUUGGCAGCAUGGAGGCUGUCAUGAGCAAGAAGGGUCAGGAGGAGCAUAUCAAGCGACCCAUGAACGCCUUCAUGGUCUGGUCGAGGCUUCAAAGGCGGAAAAUCGCCCAGGAUAACCCCAAGAUGCACAAUUCGGAGAUUUCUAAGCGACUAGGUGCGGAAUGGAAGUUACUCACAGAAGACGAGAAAAGACCUUUUAUAGACGAGGCAAAGAGGCUAAGAGCAAUUCACAUGAAAGAACACCCGGACUACAAGUACAGACCACGAAGAAAACCCAAGACUUUAAGAAAGGAGGGCUACCCAUACUCGAUACCAUACCCAAGUGUCCCUAUGGAUGCGCUAAGAGCUGGUAUGGCGAGUGGAGGUAUGAGCCAAGCGAUGUCUGGGUACUACGGGGCGGCAUAUGGUCCUCUGGGAGCCAGCAUGGCGGCGGCAGCAGCAGCAGCCGCGCAGCAAAAUGCCAUAUCAGCAGCACUCACACCCAAUGCACAGGUGGGUAGUACGAUGGACAUGUCAAAAUAUUCCAUAGAAGACAAAUACAGAAGCUACAGCAUGUACCCCGACCCUGCUAGAGGAUACCUCGAUUCCGCGGCCUUGUCUAAAGCCUACAUGUACAUGGAUCAACAACAGCAACGGUAUCCCAUGGACAUCAGCAAGAUGUACUCAGAGGCGUCAGCUGCCGCGAUGGCUGGGUUGAGCGUACCUCCUAGUAUCUCUCCACGUUCUACUGAAUCCCCAGACGUAACACCGAAGCACGAUCGCCCAGAGGGCAGCUCCUCCACUGGGUCGAAUCCCUCGCCAUCUUUGCCCUAUUACCAGUCGCCUGGUCUUCUCAUGCCGCAGUACCCGAGUCAGUACGCGCAGAGUACCCAAACUGGAGAGUUUAGAAGGCCACUCACUGUCAUUUUCUGACCCGACAGCUAAGCUUGUAAAUAUGGAUAGGACAAUGGACAAUCACGUUUGAUGAGAAUGUAAAUAUUAUUUAUCAUGCAUUUUUAAUUAUAUAUAUUUACCUUGCUUUGUAUGUGAGGAUAUUUUAAGUAUUGCAUUUAUAUUAUGUUGUUUAUUUGACGUUCCUCUAUAUUAAUCUAUUGGUGAUAGAUGUAUAAAUUAGGUUUAGGAAUAUAUGGUAUGCUAUUUAUUGAGUUUUUGUAUUACAGUAUUGUGUCUAGAAAUUUUGCAUAAAGCGUCAAAGAUAGUCGUUUUGUGUUUUAAUAAUAAAACUCAAGAAAUAUCGUACAUUACUUACAUUGAUUGUCCCUCUCACGCAACGAAAUAUAUUGUAAAUAAUGUAGAAAAUUAGACAUAAUUUAUUAUUAUAAUUAAUAUAAGAUCUUGAGGAAUCUGUUAUAAUUGUUAUCGUAUUGUGCCACAACAUAGUGCAAUUAAUUAUGGAAUGAAUUUGAACUUAAAUUACUAAUUCAAUCAUAAUUCUUUGGCUAUGUAUGAAACAGUUGCAUUUAAUUUGUUGCCAUACCACAUUUAUGACAGUAAUGCACCAACACUUAAAUAAUAUAGAUUCGGAUACGUCUUAAAAUAUACUUUUGAAUCUGUCAUUCCAUAAGUAAAAAUCCCACCACCGCUAUGUACUUAAAACAAGCUAAAAAAUAAAGGGACACGAUCAUUUCUGAGGGUCUUUACAUAAAAGGAUAUUGCUGAUGGUAAUGUAUAUUUGAUAAGAUAAAGAACCUGACGGUACCACCCUAGGUUGUGGUCCCAAGUUUCUUUAGCUUAUGACCAUGUUUUUAGUAAUAAGGCAUAUUAGGCAAGUAGGUUAUCAGCCUAGUGCGUCUGGCACACGCCGUUAAAUUCUUUGGGUGUAAUGUAUCUUGGUCCUUUACUAAUUAUAUACACACAGAAAAGUUAAUAAGUGCACAACAGGGGUUCGAACCUUCGACCAUAGGGACGUGAGUGGCAUACUGAAGCCACUGACACUGCUAUAGCUGUUGCAGGCUUACAGCUGUCCUAAAAAUCAUAGUUAAUUGAAACUUUAAAUUCAUAAUUCAAAAACGAUGUUUGUUAGUUGUAUAAUGACACAUGCGAUACAUUCAGCGGAAAAUUUACUAAAUACAUUACGACCUGUGGCUUUUGUUCUUAAAUCUAAGUAAAGUUUAAAUUUGUAUAAAAUAUUUUCUUUGUUUUAUGCAAAAACAUUUGGAAAUAACGCACUAAUACAAAUACUAAAUACGAUGUCUUAAAGGCUUGCAGUUGUCACGCUCAGCAAAUGUUUGUUUUAAUUAAAUGUAUUUAAUAAAAACAAAACACAUAUUAUGUUGGCCUGUCAGAAUGAGUCUUGAAUGGAAUUGGGUAAAUAGGAAAUCACAAAUUUUACAGGAUAGCUGGCAACUGAGUUGGAAGAAUAUUGUAAAAUUAUUUAAAUAUUUUUAAGAAUUAUUGUAUAGUUAAAUCUAGUUUCGAAAGAUAUUACUCAAAAUAAAUCGUUAGAAAAUUUCACAAAA